AUGGCUCACACUGCACGACGUACCUUGAGCGCAACGCGCUCUCAUGCGCUUCAGCAGGCGCUGGACCACUUCCAUACUUCUGGGUCGCGAUGGAGCCUUGUCUACAAGACACGCCCAGACUGGCCAUCCAUCCCGUCAUCCGACACACGAGGCACAGUGAGCAUCCUGGACUCCUCGUUCAAUCCACCAACGUUGGCACAUGCCGCGCUGGCUUCCUUGCCCACAUCAGGCACACGCACAUCACAUGCUCAUCUUCUUGUAUUCUCAGUUCGCAAUGCCGAUAAGGGACGUGGUCGUCCGGGUGAUGCUACACCACUGCAGCGCCUGGAAAUGAUGGAAUUACUGGCGUACCAUCUCGAAUCACAAAGUUUAAAUGUCGCGAUUGCUUUGGUUGACGAACCUUUGGUCUUUGCUAAAGCGACACUGUUCCACCAACAUAUUUCUUCCCACGUCCCUCUCCAUCUUUACUGGAUCAUGGGAAGCGACACGCUCACACGCGUCUUCGAUCCAAAAUACUACGGCUCUGAGGCUCACUUAGCCGAGUCGUGCAGACGUUUCUUUGAACAGGACACCUCACACAUCUUGUGCUCGGAGCGGUCAGACGACUCCGUACAAGGUACCAUGACCGCUACAGCGCCUACCACUGUGGCUCACUCUCCUGAUGUGCAUAUUUUACUUCAGCGACCAGGACCUGCACACGACUGGUAUCAACGUGGAUCUAUUGAGCUCCAAUCUAUUGAUCCCAUCCUAGGCCAAUGUAGCUCGACUGCUGCUCGUCGCUCUGUGCUGCAAGCAUACCAAAAUGAUAUCUCUCGCGAUGAGCAGUCCCAAAUUCUUGCUCGUAUCGUGCCGCCUCUCCUGGUAGAGUACAUUGUUUCGCACUCUUUAUACCAUGCCAGGCCGUAG